GUUACUGGGUGUAGCACUGAUGAAUUUUGCAGAAUCAUUGGAUAUUUUGUUGCAAGAUAUAUUACAACUAUUUACAUAGUGCAGGCAAUGUAUGCAUCAUAUCAGUCCCCAGGGGCGAACUGACAACUCAUGGGGCCCCCGGGCAAUAGGAAAUCAUGGGGCCCCUGUGCCCUCACCCACACUCAAACCACACCCAAAAAUUCCUAUGAAAGGUACCAGGGUCAUCACAUGGGGCCCCCUACUGACCCCGGGCCCUCGGGCAGUGCCCGAGUGGCUAAAU